UUAUUAUACUGUGAGUAUGAAUCAUUUGAUGCGUUUCAUUUCAUAUUGUGACAAUAAAUAGUUGAAAUUGAAUUAGAAAUGAAAGUCGCGAUUGUCGGCGGUGGAAUUGCUGGCUUAUCAACGGCUCUUAAUUUACAGAAUGAAUUUAGAGAUUCAAAAAUUACAAUUUUCGCUAGUAGUUUUGAAGAUACGACAAGUCAUGUUGCUGCUGGUAUUUUCCGAGUUGGAACAUCAUUCUCUGGACCCACUGACGAGAUAACUUGGAAAUGGGUGAAAGAUUCCUAUGAAUAUUAUGAUGAAAUUAGAAAAUCGGACGAAGCUGCUUUAGCCGGUAUUACAAAUGUCUCUGGCUAUAUAUUUGCAAACUCUUCUCCAAAUGCUGUAAAGAAUCAAUGGAUGGAGAAUCUAGUUCCAAUUUAUAGGAAAGUGACUCCUGAGGAAUUCCAAAUUGUUGGAGGAAAUUGGAAAUAUGGAUCAUAUUUUACAACGAUUCUUAAUCAAACCAACAUUCAUCUUCCAUGGGCAAAACAAAAAUUAAAUUCAAAUGGAGUUACUACGAUUGAAAAAACAGUAAAAUCGCUGAAAGAUUUAUUUGAUUAUGAUUUGAUAAUAAAUUGCUCAGGACUCGGAGCUCGUGAACUUUGCAACGAUAGACACAUGGUUCCAAUUCGGGGUCAAGUUACAAAAGUGAAAGCUCCAUGGAUAAAGACUUUCUUUUACGGAGAGAAUGAUACUUACAUCAUUCCAGGAUUCAAUGGUAUUUGCACUCUGGGUGGAAUUCGAUCAUUCGAAUCAGUUAAUCGUGAAGUUUGUCCUCACGAUGCGGCAGCAAUUCGAGAAAGAUGCUUAAAAUUACUUCCAUCACUGUCGAAAGCUCAAGUUCUACGACAUCUCACGGGAUUGAGACCCCAUCGCGAGGGUCACGUUCGUGUUGAAUUGGAACGCAUUUCUAAUGGUCUCGUUUCAAAAAUGGUGGUCCAUAAUUACGGUCACGGUGGUUAUGGCAUUUCCACAGCUCCAGGAACGUCAAAAUAUGCCGUUGAACUUGCAAAAGAAAUUCAUCGACUGUCCUCCUCUCGACUUUAAUUGAAAAGUAAGAAAAAAAAUCUAUUCAUUGCUUUCGAUAAAAAUGAAAAUUACAAAACUUUCUAAAAGACAGACAUUUUUUUUAUUGACAAAAAAAAACAUGUUUCACUCUGAAUUUAUACAAGAAAAUCACUACUGCGCAGUAAUACUGGGUGAGAAAGUCGUCCAUCUGUAAAUUUUACCACGAGCGAUGCGCAAUAAUCGCGCGUGAUUUUACAACUGGUUUUUUAUUUUUCAUUUUUGGUCGGAAAUUAAAUGAUUCGCAGAAGUUUAGUCAAUAGAGAAAAAUAAAUUGAGAAUCUGUGAAUUAAACAAUGUUCACAAAGCACAGAUAUUUAUAAUACGUGACUUUAAAAGAAGCGUUUGUGGAAAUUUUUGUUCUAUUGAAAGAUCAAAAAAAGGAAAACAAAGCCUCGCACGUAAAACGCUGUUUGAAAUUCUUUCAAGAAUUUUUCUUUUUUUUUUCGUCCGAAAGAGAUGAUUUUCUUUUUCUUUUCACCGGGCACGAAGAGAGACAGCGAAAAAUUGAUUAAAGCGAGCACUAAUGGAUUUUUGAGAUUUUCUCACGAUUAUCUGGCCAAAGAUAUUCGUCCGCUAGGCACGCUUAAUUUGUAAAUUUGAGAAUAAAAAUCCUGGUUUUGAUUUUCACGCUA